CAACUCGAGUGUUUCACAAGCUGUACAUGAACGUCUUGUUAGAGGGACUAACCUGUUCGUGUGAACUUCCUUAUUAGAUCAAUCAAGACAAUUCCUACUUUCCUAGAUGAGCGAAUUUUUUUAUGGUGUUCGCGAGGAAGACCUGGAUGGCAGUAAGGGAUUCAAAGGUUUACUGGUGCUGCGUGAAAUCUUUCAAGUAAUUUUUGACGAGGGUAGUUAACGCGUGUAUGUUACCCAAAGACUUGAAUUUUCUUGGGUUUGUCAACUGGUUUCGGGGAAGCAUUAAAGGAAUUGCAGUAUACUUGUUGACUUGUAUUUGAAGCUCAGAAACGAAGUCUGGAUAACAAAUGAAGGAGGAAGGGGUUACAAAUUCACUGAUGGCCACCAAUAGUGAGAGCUGCUUCGCUUCUCGCGGAUCCAUUUUUGCCAUUGUUGACAACAUUCACUGGGCGAUCGCCAGCGCCAAGCACAAUAAAGCUUAUGUCCUUCGAUUUGUGCCUGUACUCAAGCAGAUUACCAAAGUUUUGAACGGGGCAGAUGUGAAAUUCAUACGCCGCGCCGAAUUCUACAGCGAUCUGAAAGAAACCCUACACAAGAUUGAAAACCAUGUUAAGGAAAGUUCAACUCGUGGAAAAUGGAUGAAUAAGUUGAUGGCUAAGAAGAAUCAAAAAAGUUUCGAUGAAUUUGAGGAGCAUGUGGAUCAUCUCAUAACACGAAUCGUUUUUUCGUUCGCUCAGCGAGUUCAACUGCUGAACAUGGCUCGGCAAAAGAAGAAAGCGUUGCCAGAGAUACCAGAAGAAGAUGAAUUGAGCGAAGGCAAGAUGGACGAGGAACGCGCUUGUUUGUUAGCAACAAAUGAUGAUACUCCAAGGAAGGAAAUUUCUUUGGCAAGCCAGGAAGAUGAUAUAGCUGGAGAAAGAUAAACGUUCAGUUGCAUUUUUAUCUUCUAAGACAAAAUCAAUGCUAACAUUAUUCGAAAAACGUGCAUAAACAGUUGAAAAUUUAGCUUGUUGGUUAACCAUCUUGAUUUAUCACCUCCAGAAUAGUUGAUAAAAGAAUUAUUCCGAUUGAGCUUCUCGGAGAAAUAUUCAAUUGUUGAUUAGAGUAGUGUGAUAGUAAUUUUGAUUUUGAGCAGUUAGUCUUGAGUAGGUAAAGCUGGACAAACUCGGCUACGUUUUGGGGGUUAGCCACAAAGUGCACUCUGAAACUAAUUACUUAUGCAAAGCUUGUGUAAACAAUCAUAACGCACAAACACGCACUUAAUUGUGCCGUCGUUGUAUUAUACAUGGGUAUUGGACGCGAGGGUAUUGUUUUGAAAUAUUCGGAGGCAUGAAAGUGUUUUAUAUCUCUAUAUUUAAGAAGUGUCAAGUUCUUCGUGAAUGUUAUAUUACAUGUAUAUACAUGUAAGCAAAUUUGGGCACUUCUGAAUUAUGGGAAUUUUUCAAUUGUUUUAGCUCUUUAUAUGGUUUGUGAAGUACUGAACAAGAUUCCAAUUGUUUACGAUUUAAUGGCAGAGCAUGGGAAGUUUGUUCCUCUUUUCUUGUCACAAGUGACAAUACAUACAGUAGAACCCCACUAACUUGCAAAAAAUGUCAGUCGGUGGUUUGAGCUAACAAGUAAUCAUGUUUAUCAUUCAUCGGUUUAGUAAAAUAAAUUUGCUUUCUGAGGCGUUUUUUUUUUUUUUUUAAGAAUCUUUAGUUUGGGAAGUUUAGCUGAAGAUUGGGACACAUUAAUGAGCUAUGUUCUGUCACUUUGACCGUUAUGGACCUAUGAUUUUAUUUAAGUUCAAGUUGUCUGGAUAAAUAUUAGCCAAGGGCAAGUAGAAUCACUUUGAGUUGGCAGGUAAUUUGAAUUUAAGUUAGCUGAUAGUAAAUGACUGGAAAAAAUGGGAAA